AUGUCGAACGGAACCAAUGGCGAGACGACGGAUGCCAGCUCCUCGGAUGAUCGUAAUGCCUCUCAAAGGUAUUUGAGUACCAGGGGCGAGGACUAUGAUUUUUCCUUCGAAGAGGUCGUUCUAAAAGGUCUAGCCAACGAUGGAGGGCUUUACAUUCCGGAGGAGAUCCCUUCAGCGAGCGAUUGGCAGAGCUGGAAAGAUUUAUCAUUUCCAGACCUUGCCCUCGAGGUCCUAUCUUUAUAUAUAGCGCCAUCUGAAAUUCCACGAGAUGACCUAAAGGGAAUCAUUGAUAGGAGUUAUUCGACCUUUCGUGCCCCUGAAACUACACCGCUACGACAUCUUCACGAUAACCUAUACCUACUAGAACUUUUCCACGGACCUACGUUCGCCUUCAAGGAUGUUGCUCUCCAAUUUCUAGGUAACCUCUUUGAGUACUUCCUGGUACGAAAAAAUGAGGGAAAGACGGGCACCGACCGACAUCAUCUCUCUGUAGUAGGCGCCACAAGUGGUGACACCGGCUCGGCGGCCAUCUACGGACUACGAGGAAAGAAGGACGUAUCGGUGUUUAUCCUUCAUCCCAAAGGCAGGGUUAGCCCUAUUCAAGAAGCACAAAUGACCACGGUAUUAGAUGCAAACGUGCACAAUUUAGCAGUCAAGGGUACAUUCGAUGAUUGCCAGGACAUAGUAAAGGCUUUAUUUGCCGAUCCUGACAUUAACUCGACUCUUAACCUCGGCGCAGUAAACUCGAUAAAUUGGGCAAGAAUUCUUGCCCAGAUCGUUUACUAUUUCUACUCUUACUUUUCGCUUGUAAAGUCAUCCGGUCUGACCAUGGGCGAAAAAAUCCGUUAUGUUGUACCUAGCGGAAAUUUCGGCGAUAUCUUGGCUGGCUACUUUGCGCACAAGAUGGGUCUUCCUACGGAGAAAUUAGUAGUUGCGACAAACGAGAAUGACAUCCUUGACCGAUUCUGGAAGACCGGAAAAUACGAGAAAAAGCCCGCCCGUGGUCCGGAAGCGCAAGGGGGUCUAGCGGUCGAUGGCGUCAAAGCUCACGAAGAUGGCGUCAAGGAAACGCUAAGCCCCGCAAUGGAUAUCCUCGUCUCGAGUAACUUCGAGCGAUUGCUUUGGUUUCUAGCUUACGAGUUCGCCUCCGUUGCCGGUAUGGACGCUGAGUGGAACAGGAGACAAGCUGGACAGGAGGUCGCCGCAUGGAUGAAACAACUAAAGACGAGCGGUGGUUUUGGUCCAGUCUAUCGGGACGUGCACUCUAGUGCUAAGCGCGACUUUGAAAGCGAACGGGUGAGCGAUUCGCAGACGAUCGACACGAUUAAGAAUUACUUUAAGAAGAUCGAAUACGUGCUAGAUCCUCACACCGCGAUAGGUGUAGCCGCAUCAUUGCGGUCACUAGAGCGUUCCAAGGUUCCUCACAUCUCGCUUCAACCGCUCACCCGGCCAAGUUUGCCGGCGCAGUUGACCUUGCGUUGA